AUGGCCCCCAAACGAGGAGAGUCCAUAGAGCGCUCCGACGAGCGCGAGGAGUUUAUGCAGAAAUUGGCCAGUUAUCACGAAAAGCGCGGCACAAAUCUCGAAACCGAGCCAAAAGUCGGCAUUCGACACGUCGACCUGUUCAAGUUGUACCGUCGCGUCGUCGAUGAAGGAGGAUAUGAUCUCGUUUCCGACACCAAAGCGAAGCCGUUGAUGUGGCGCAAACUGGCGGAGGAAUUUGUUGGCAAGAACCAGUACACCGCGGCGCAAGCAUUCCAGAUCAAGAACGUCUACUAUAAGAAUCUAUGCGCGUAUGAGAUCAGCACACACUGGCAGAAGGAGCCGCCGCCAAAGGAGAUCUUGGAGGAGGUGACAGCCAAGGGCGCAAAUGUUAUGACGCGAACGCUGGAAAACUUUGUGAAGCCCGCAACGCGCGAUCAGGAGCUGAACGGGGACGCCAGCGACGCCAGCCCAGAACAAAAGACACCUAAGGAGGAAAAGAUGGAGAAUGCAGAUGAACCGGGCAGCGGGGCUGGCCGAACGACUCGCGGCCUCAGACAGCAGCCGCCGCAACGCCAACUCUUCCAGCCGGACCUCACUUCUGGCCGGCAGAUGCGCGGCCAAAAUCAAGGAUCGCAGGCGUCUCCUACCCCAGGAGCUGGUGUGAACGGCCACAUGCCUAGCUCAUCCGUUACCAACGGCGCGUCGGCCACACUUGCCUCAUAUGAGCCAUCACAAGCAUACGCGUUAUCGCUCAAACCUGUCAUCACGCCUGCCAACAAUCCCGAGUUCUACCGUAAUGAGCGGAAACGGAAGCUCGAGGCCAGUGCUGGACCUCUCGCCAAGAAGUACAGGAACAUCAUGCUUCCAGGAACAGGUUUCAUUGGACCCAACAYCUACGUUCGUGCACAGCUUGCCUUGCAAAGUGGUAUUCCAGAUGAAGAGCAGUAUGCGCUGCAUCAUCUCGUCAAGAUUAGCCAUGAACGAGGCGACAAGUACCGCUUUGAUCAAUUUCCUGGACUGGCUGAUGCCCUGAUCAAGAAAGUCCUCUCUGUGACAGGCCUCUUUUACGAUAUUGACUGGGAUGUCAUGUACGACGAAGAGUUUUUCGCUGGUGAUGAAGAGACUCUCAAUGGUCUCGAUGGCACUCCGGACAUUGUUCAACGGCUCAAAUCUCACAUUCCGAUUGUCUCGGACGAUUCAGUACUGGACUCGACAUUCAUCACAAAGCUAAAUCGGAUGACGGAAGCAGCCUUGGUGACCCGCAAUAUGUCGUUGCAGGAAGAAAACGCAGCCUACCUCUCUCGCUUACCUCUCAUCAGGGAUCUGAUCUCGGUGGUCCUGCACAUACCUCAGCAUACUAGCAUUGUAGAGCUACGGCAUUACGUUCUUGACAUCGCCGAGCAAGUUCUGAAGUAUAUCGACGUCAGCGCCCAAGAUCCCCUAUAUCAAGGCUUGAUUCAGCAAACGCUCAGCUCUGAUCGCGGCGCCGUCGUGACGGCCCUCAAGACCAUAAGCAGGAUUGCAAUGACCCAUCCCCAGCCCAAACGACUCGACGAUGUGCCUUCUCUGGUCCUGAGACGCGUCCAGGAAUACUUGCUGGUCGAGGACGAAGAGUUGCGCUCGGCCUGCCUGGAUUUUUUGAUGCAGUACACCUCAUUCAGCGACAACGUGGAGAAUUUGCUGCAGUUCACGGACGCAGAAGCUCUUGGCCGGCAGCUCAGUCGACUCGUGCUGUUCACUACCAAAGAGCAGAAAGUACAGCACCCAACCAAGCAACCUGAGGUUGACAACAGUGCGCCGCCUCCAGUACCCCGUCUAUCAACAAGCAUAGUGGAGAGCCUGCUGAAAAUGGAUGAGCCAGAUCGAUCGUCGGAAUGGCUGCGAAUGUGUUUCGUGGCAGAUUCAAAUGCUGAGAUGACCCAAAUAUCCUUGUGGCAGGCAUACCAGGGCACAUUCGUGCCUUAUUCGGCCACGCACCCGCAUCUAAUAGCGGGCGAAUUCAUCAAAAAUGUCAGCACGACCUUCCAGGGUGCAACAGCACAGGUCGCAGGCUCAAACAAGUAUGUCAUCAGAGGCAUCAAAUCUCGCAAGGCUCCGGUAGAUACGGGCAUGCUUCCAGGGGCAAAAGCAAGCGAUAAGGGCAAGGAACUCUACCGUUGCCACUGGCAGGUGACAAGUACUGUUGACGGACCCCGCGACCCUAUCACGGGCUACCCCAGUGGACGUAUCGCACGAGACCUCGAUUGUGCGGAGUGGCUCAGGUCAAGUGAAGAUAUGCUGAAACACAUUUUGAUACAUCAUCUGCAAGUCCCGAAGAAGGCGCUCACACCAUCGGAAGUUGACAAGAUGGAUCUCGACUCCACGCCGGUUCCGUUCCCAGCGACGCCUUCCAGUGUGCCGAAUGGUGCCAGUGGGCUUUCGUUUAGAGAAAAUCUGGACCUCGAGACGGCGGACAAGACUACAUACAAGUGUCGAUGGGCGGAUUGUGCGCGCACCUCGACUGAAUUUUCUGGGGCCAAAGUGUCAUCCACUGCGCUCUUUGCACGGCAUAUCGAAACACAUUUGCCAGAAAGUGACACUACCAGGACCAAGCACAAUCUGACACCAGACGCGGCCUCGUUGCCAGCCGUCAGAGAGGAGACAAAGUUGACCAUGCUGGAGGACGAGAAUGGGGAAGCUGCAGGCGUUCCUGUACGCGCUGUUUUGGUUCUGCGGAAUAUUGCACGGUUCAUGCCAAAGGCUGUAGGGAACGCCAAUGGUCUGGGUGUCGCAAAAGGCGGCUGGAAUAAGGACGACAAAAGUGAUCCUAUGACGGUCGUGUUUGACAGCGAAGUGCGAGAGCGCCUCUUCCACGCCAUGUCGUUCAGCAAAACCAUCCGGGAGUAUGUUGCCUCGGUCUUCAGAGCGAUAAAGGCAAGCGGGGGUUGA